AUGCUUUCGCCCUUUUCACAGUUGCUCCCAAUCAGCAGCUUCAAGCUAGGAUUCACAACCUUCUCGCCCUCAGUCGAGCCCAAUAUCAUCUCAGUCCCGCUCGCAGAUUCUCCUAUUGGGAUACACAAAAUCACACACUCCUUGACCCAUGAGGUUGUAUGCCCGCCGCCACCUCUAGAUCCGUCAUCAUAUGAUCCUCAGAUUGCUUGGGAGGCCAAGUAUCCCAAGGGUUCCUGCAGCCCGAAAACAGAGAUUCCUGGUGGAUUGGGAUUUUAUUUCGGUGGACCUAAAGAAAUCGUAUCAUUGCUGGACGCGGGCGCAAAAGAAGCGGUUUUUGGAUACCGGGUAAUGUUUGAGAAGGGUUGGGAGUGGGUCAAAGGAGGCAAAUUGCCAGGGAUGUAUGGUGGUAUCGGCGACGCGGCCUAUAGAUGCUCUGGUGGACGGCAGAACAAUCGUUGCAAGUGCUUUGAUGUUCGUCUCAUGUGGAGGCGCGAUGGGAAAGGAGAAAUAUACGCAUAUCUACCUAUGAACGAGACAAAUACAAAAUCACUUCUUGCUGUUCCCCCCAACUCUAAAAUCAACCCUGAUUAUGGGAUUUCGGUUGGAAAUGGCGCUUGGACCUUUGGGCCAGGUAUCUGGACAACCAUAGCCCAACGUGUUAAACUCAACGAUAUCGGCAAAGCUGAUGGUGAACUCCAGCUUUGGAUUAACGGCGUAUGUGUGAUUCACGCAAAGGGGCUGAUUUUCCGAGAGGACGAGGCAUCACAUAUCAAGGGCAUGCAUUUUCAAACGUUUUUUGGAGGACACGAGUCCGAUUGGGCAUCACCCAAAGAUCAACGUGCUUGGUUUUCUGACGUCUCUGGAGCUGUCAUUCGUUGA